AUGUUGAAGGGAUUUAAGUUAAAGAAGGAGUCUAGUAGUUUUGCGAAGGGAAGGAUUACAUCUGCAGAUAUUAGUGGGCCAAGCCAGGAGAAAGGGAACAGUGGGAUUUAUAUGAAUCGUCUUAGAAGUCUUUCCAAUACGUCUCUUCGGGGCGUGAAGAAUAAUGGGGGAGGGGUUUCGCCCUCGAAUGAGGUUCCGAUUAUUUUGAAGGCUUUGUACACGUACCAUGCGCAGUCGCCUGGGGAGCUUUCAUUUACCAAGGGGGAACUUGUGCAUGUUAUAGGGGAGGAUGGGGAAUGGUUUGAGGUUAGUAGUCCUGAUAGUGGGAGGAAAGGGAUGGUUCCCAAGAGUUAUUUCGAGCCAGUUUCCAGGAGUCGAGUUGUUUCCACGCAGAGUAUUUUGGUUUCGCCUCAGCAGGCGAUGCAGUCUGUGAAGGCAGGUUCGCUGUAUGCGAUUGUGUUGUAUGACUUCAAGGCUGAAAAAUCAGAUGAGUUGAGUGCUUUUGCUGGGGAAAAUCUAUUUAUCUGUGCGCAUCAUAAUUAUGAAUGGUUUAUAGCGAAGCCGAUAGGUCGGCUAGGGGGGCCAGGGUUAGUUCCUGUUGGGUUUGUGAGUAUUAUUGAUAUUAAUACUGGAUAUGCCACGGGCAACAAUGUUACAGACGAUAUUGAAUCUGUAAAUUUGCCUACAGUACAGGAGUGGAAGAGUAAUAUUGCCAAAUAUAAGGCGAGUAACAUUUCCUUGGGGUCUGUAGAGCAUCAAGGGCGCACUAAUUCAUCUAUGAAUCCCACGUCAUCUCAGCCACAUAAGAUAUACCCAACAAUGAUGCAGACUUUUGAACAAUUAGUAGUAGUAAAUGCUGCUGUAGAAUCAUUCCUUUUGGAAGGUGAAAAGUAUUGGUUUCAUGUAGUUUGUGAUUUAGAUGACGGUUCUUCGCACUCCUUGAAGCGUUAUUAUGAAGAUUUCUAUGACCUCCAAGUACAAUUAUUGGAUACUUAUCCUGCUGAAGCUGGGAAAUUAAGAGAUAGUGGUGGACAAUGGACGAAGCGAAUUAUGCCAUAUAUUCCAGGACCGGUCCCUUACGUUACUGAUAGUAUUACCAAGAAGAGGAAGGAUGAUUUGAAUAUUUACGUCAAGGAAUUGAUCACAUUGCCGCCACACAUUUCUCAAUCAGCAUUGGUGAACUCGUUAUUUGCCAUUAAAAACAAUGGCUUUGAUAGACUGCUACCAAACGAAAACUUCGGCUCAAACUUGGAACGCGAUAAUGAUGACACAGUGGCACUAAACAAGCCGAGGAUUGGUCUCCAGGAGGAAUCUACUCUGACUGGUACUGAUCUAAAACGUUAUGAGAAAAUGGGCGAUAUGUCGCUGAACGACGCGAAUAUCUCAACCAGACCCACAAGUCUAGCAGCAGCACCCCCUCCAAUAAAGCCAACAAAGAUAAAGUUUUAUUACAAGGAUGACAUUUUUGCAUUGCUUUUAUCCCCAGAUAUCACAUUGGAGGAGCUAAAGAAGAAAAUUGCACCAAGAAUCGAUUCGGAGAAAUUUCAGAUCUUUAUUAGAGCAGACGAUGACGUUGCUACAGAAAUUAUUUCUGAUGAACAAGUGAUAGGAAUUAUCCAGGAAAGAUUGAAGAUCACUGUUUUAGAUGCUUAA